AUGUUGCAUUCUCCCGCACCAAUCGUCGAUCGCCUACGCUCCGUCACGCUCCACGCUCACAAAGUGCGUUAUGAACAUCCCCCAUCGUCAUCCACUGGUAGUAUGACAAGUCCAUGUGGUCCCGAUCAUCCGCGGCCAAAUUCACCCAACCAAAAUACAGACGAGAUUAUUCGAACGAUCAUGAAGGUCAGAAAAAGCUGGAAAACUCUGAAGGGCAAUAAGGAGCCUGUAUGGCCACCCAAUCUCGAGGCCACAAUGCUGAAAGGCCUCCAAGAAUAUGAACCCAUUCGCUCAAGGGAAAUACGAAGUUUAGGUCGAUUUCCUCAGCGCAAUCAGUUCAUAUCAGAGUACAUUCACCGUAAGACGGGAAAGCACAGAUCAUCAAAACAAAUAGGCAGUCGUCUGCAACAAUUUAGGGACACAUCCGAGGGACGAGAAUUGAUCGAGUCCCUCAGCCGGGUCGGAUCGUCACGGAGGGUUUCUCCUCAUAACCACAGUUUUGAGGAUGCUUCGCCCUCCCCUUUAUCUUCUGACUCUUCAACCGGCGACAGCUCAUCUACCUCCUCAUCCGCCGACUCAUCCAUACCCUCUACACAAUACAGCCCUGCCAUGUCAUUGUCUAAACGAAACCACAUUCCUGAAACGCGUACUCCAGUAUAUAUUGACAUUUUGCCAGAGUCUAGUUCAUUCUCAGUCUCAAGCUCACCCUCCUUGAACGCGCCGCGUACCAUACGAGACAUUGACUCCACCGUAACCUUCGUCUCACCCUCUGCUGUCAUUGGCAAGUCAUCCUAUAUAGUCUUAUUGGAUGGUGCACCCAUACACAGCGAGGACACAAAACUCGAAUGCGUUGGACCAUAUUUCGCUGGUUCUUCCGGUGAUGGUCCAUUGCUGUACAGCACAGCUCUAGUUCCCAAGUACUGGGAAACCUUGUGCAAAUGUCCAGACCCCACCGUAUACACCAUCAUUCAGGAUGUGUACCGUGCUCCAGACCCAGGAACUCCCACGACGUCCUCAGGUCGCCCGCGCCCUGUCGUUAUCUUCUCUGCUACAUACCACUUCCGAUACACCUCUGUGCACACACACACGUCUUCCAUGUCACCACAAUUGGCAUAUCAAGCCAAUUCACAAUUUCCCGCAAACACUCAUACUUCUCCCGAUUUAAUCAACCCCACCGGCCCACUCCCUUUCCAGAACUACCCUAUGUCCUUGAACUUCUCGGAGGAAGGGAGGCUUCAGUCGCACGAACACAGCACGCAAAACGGGCUGGACGAGCCGUUCAUAUUGGAUGGCAGCCUCGAUAAUUUUUCUUUGGAUGACUUCAUGAUUAACAUUCACGACUCGCCUAACACCACACCAAUAGAAACGAUGGCACAAUCGUCGUCGUCAGGCUUACCAACGGAUAUCCGCAAUUAUAUCAUGUAG